GCUGCUAAUUCUGGUUAACACACCAACAGCAACAGGACAUCAUGCGAAUCGCAAAGUCGUUAUGUUGUAUUCUCGGACGCCCCCUGCCACCCUCGCUUUGAUAGUAGAAGUUUAUUUUUCCCAACCCCUUGACUCGUUUAUUUUCGUUCCAUAUGGGUGGAGGUCAGUCAUUAGAGCUACUGGUGUAGAGCGAUAAAAAUUGAAAUGAUGUUGUUGAAGAAGAUCUUCGUCGCUUUCUUUGGUGGGUAAAUUCAGUUAUUUUUAUGGGUAUGGAUGUAAAAAUGUUAGAACUCCAGCUCCACACGAUUCUGCAUUCUGCAACUCGUCUCACUCUGUAGAGUCGUAGCUGAGGCUAGGGUAGGCAUUGUGACCACGACGGCGGAGCUCUGAGACUCACCGAAUCAUCAUGCGCUGUUUGUUGGUGUUCAUAUGCGUUGAGGUUGAAGAGACAGGCUCUUUGCCGGGACACGAGCUAUAGCUUUUGCCAAAGCGAACGAAAAGGAACAUCACCGACGUGACCUUCUUAUAGAAGUCGAGGUCCGCUGCUAAGCAUCCCGAACCCCACAGCUACCUCCAACAUUCCUGGAAGAUGCCAGCGCAGGCCGGGCGAAGCGCUGCAACCGCGGAACGCGCGGCCGCAGCGGUUGCGGAGCAAAAAGAGCGUGCGGCAACCGAAACGCGAGAGAAGCUGACCGAGAUAAAAGUCAUCCCGAAAAAAAAGGAUGCUUCGGGAUUUUUACGCGCCACACCCUGGGAUCCCUGGGACUUGCGAGAUUUCGAUGCGACUUUAGCUAUCGUUUUCCCCCAAGAAUACAAGGAAAAGGAUGUGCUUGACAAUAGGCAGCCAGAGUUCCCUUCGCUCGAAGAGGAAUUCGACUACUACCGGCUUAUGUCUCACAAAACGCUUCUGCAGGUACAACAAAAGGAUGUUAGAACAGCUGUUUGUGAUUUUUAUGUGCACUAGUACCCGUAGUACUACUAAGAAAGUACAAGUAGUUUGAGCUAGGUGGAUUAAGACAAGCAGAAUUCUGGGGUGCCACGUGUGUCCUUCUUAUUGAUAAGUGAGCUGUGUUACUAGCCAUAGUUUUUUAGAAGCCCAAUCUCAAUCAAAAAAUCAUCCAGAUCCUUUUCCUUGAUGAUACAAUUAGUUACAAAUACUGCAUCCACCGCGGUCAACCUCUGCAAUUUCAGUUACGCGAGCACAUGUCGCGCGUUUCGGAGCACGAUUUCCACAAUUUGCUAGGGAGACGUUUUCAGUUCGAACUUGAUCAGCAGAUGAGCGAGUGCUUUGAUAAGUGCUCGAAGUCACUUGUUGGCCUGAUGCUCGACCUCGUAUAUCGCUACCUGGAGGGUCGCAUGAGUCGCGACGGCAUGAAGAAGGAGUGCGAAGCGAAAAUUGCGGCAAAUGAAGCGAAAAUGGCGGAAGCUAUGGCUGACUUUGAGACGAGGCGGAAACAGCUUGAAGAAAUCGAAAUCAAACAGCGAAAGGGCUUUUUGAAGGAGACUAUGGCCCUACGAGAAGCGCUCAAGAAGACCAACACUUCCGCAGACAUAAAGGACCAGCAGGUGCCGAUGUACUACGAAUCUCAGGACCAACUAUCGCCGGAUAUCAAAGAGCUCGUAAACGCCCUCGUGCUAGAACAACUGCAGCUGCAAGAAGGCGCAAACGAAUCGGAAAAGCAGAAACUUCGGUACCUACUCUAAUCUACUUAAUAAAGCAUGAGCUUUUUUUGUCUUCUCGCGUACCAAUAUCAACAUCUAGCUAGUCCACUCUUCAAGAUCAUCGCGACCUAAGGAAGAUAUUACUCAGUUCUCUUCUUCGUUGGUCCUGCUGCCCAGUCGUUCCUCACUACAAUCAUGUGUGAAUACACAGGGACCAGAUGAAAGGAAUGGCAACCGGUGGGCAAGGCUCGGAUAUGGACGUGCAGGAGCUUUUGAAGCAGCUGCAGAAGGCUAAGGAGCAACGAGACCGCGCCCAGCUGCAGGCAGAGACUUUCAAGGACCAGUUGAGUUCAAUGCAGGCUCAACGUGCACAAGAGCAAUCUGCGGGUGACAAAGAACGCCGUUUGUCGGGUAGCUCUCCCGAAAAUCUGAAUAUGGGCAUUCGUGGGCGUGGAAGUCGUGAGGCUACCGCGGCGGAAGCGGAGGCCAUCGCGCGCAGUGCCUCGCUGGAAGACGAACUGGCGGCAUUGCAGAGAAAACUUGACGAAGUGUCAUUGGAGAACGCCGUAUUCAAGAAGCAAGCCAAGGCGUCUGCUGGAGGCGGUGGACCAAGCCCGGCAGAAACGGCAGCGAUGCAGAUGGAACUAGAGAAGCUCAGAAUGAUGGUCGCAAGGCAUGAAGACGAAAAGAAGGAGAUACAGAGGAAAGCGGUACUAACUGAAGGACGAUGAAAAAUGCUAAUCUUAUGUGGAUUGAUUGAUCGCUCCUGCACGCAUAGUCCAGACGAGUUGGCCCUGGGUCUGUUUUCGUUCCCCCGUCAAUAUCCAGCACCGCCGCUUGUUAGACGGCCGCAUACAGUUAAUUGGUCGCUCCUUCUAGAAGUGACUGAGAUCAUCAUCUUCUUUAGUGGACAAAUCAACUCAGAGCUUUCAUUUUGAUUUUCUCAAUAAACAAAGUCUACAGUGUCUGUGUCAGCGAUUUCAUUGGCUCAAUAAAACCUACAAUAGAGCGCCGAGCUGAAGAAGAUGAAAGACGCUUUGGGUGACUUGACACCGGAGGAGCUCGAAGCAUUGAAGUCCGCCUCCUCGGCCGAGGAGGCCGCGCUGAACGAGAAGAAACGCAAACUGGAUGCGCAGAGUGCUGCCUUGGCAGGAAGCGAGGGCUCCAUGAGCGCGGAGCUCGAGGAGAAGGAUCGGUUGUUAAAGGGCAAGACCGAAGAAGUACAGCAGUUACAGGUCGCCCUGGAGGAAUUGCGGUUGCGGGUCGUAAACCUCAACGACCUUCUGAAAAACGCUGGCGCAGACACAGCAGCGUUGCGCGAAGCCGGCCUAGACGAUGUUAUCCAGGGACAGCGCCUCGGCGGUCAACAGAAUUCCGCAUACGGAAAAUACAAAUUCUGGAAAACGUGGGAUCGAUUAUAUCAAGACGCUCGCGACCGGAUCGUGCGCCUCGAACAGAUUCAACGCGAAGCGUGGGGGGAGCGAGAAAAAGUCUUCCUGCAGAUUUACUACUCGAUUAUGGGCGAAGACUACACGAGGGAGAAAGCAGAAAUGCUGAGAGGCGACCCAUAUCCGUCGUCGCCCCACGUUUCACCGAGGACGUCACCGUAUUGCAAUCACAUCAGCGUGUUUUGCCUUAUUUGCACGUCGACAACUUCUAUAUCACUAGGAUUGCUAGCGUAGUACUACUAGUAGCUCCUCAUAGCCCCUCACUCUUCUAUACUUGCUGCUCAUGAUCAUGCUUACUGAUCGAAAUUCUCAGCACUUCUUCUCAAUUUAUCAGGCAUCGCGCAAUGGGCAAACACAAGGCCUUUUCGAGUAUGCUGUACAGCAGAAUUUCACCCGACCACGCGAGAGCAGACUACGAGGAGUGGAAAGAGAGGGCCGAUGGCAAGUCAAAGAGCAGAAAUCAGAAAUCGCGAUCACCAGAGAGCCAGAUGAUGGCCACUGGCAUGUCGCAAGCCACUCAUUUAGAACAGGACAUCUCGGCGCAAGGUCCCGGAGGCGUUGCGCGCGGACUCGCAGGUGCAACACCAAUCAAGUCCAAGAUACGGGCCGUACGGUUUUUUCUUGAUUUGGAAUUCGCUGUAAGUAGUUUAUUUUCGCGUCAUUUACACGACCAUGAUUGUUCAAUGAAGAUGAAUCAAUAUAUAAUCAAAAAUGUGUUUAUUUUGCAAGUCAAAGCUCUACUCCUAGGCCUACUUAGUUGUUAAUCCACUUCAACAUUUCAGGAUCCACGCAAGGAUUCAAAAGGGCGAUGGCUCGGGCCUCCUCCCGACGCUUCUGACUCACCGAACAAAAGUUACUUGUCGCCAAACAAGAGUUUCCUUUUGGAGUCGGCGAAGAAGGGCGCGCCCGGUUUAGUCGGUGUUAUGGACUACUCUCAGCGAGGGCAUGUCGUCAAUAUCAAUCGACACGAGCAGAGCUAUGCAGUGACAAGUUCUUUGUCUCCUCGCGGUGCUUUGCGCAAGUACAGCUUCGACGGCUCGGCGUCGGCAUCACCCAUGAAAUCAACAACAAGCGCUGUAGCAAACCGGUCGCCAGCUGCGCGAAUGAACUCACCAAAGCUGUUCCAGCUGAAUAUCAGACUUCCUGGCGAAGGGCCGCAAGGGCCAGGCGCCGGUCCAGAGUCGCGGUCCGCCAGUGCUGGUGCAAGCAGCAGCGUCUAUAACCGCAGCAGUCCUCCAGCUUCAGCGCCGAUGGGUGUGCUGCGCGGAGGCUUUCGUACACCAGGGGGACCUAGCAGUCCGACCGGUCGCGCAAGAGGGAGUCGGGGAGAAAUUGGAGUGAUAUCAGAAAACUUGGACAUCUCUGCACAAGUCGAACACUUGGAGCAGAUCCGAAGCGGGUCAGGCGGUUCUCGCAGUCCUACAGCAACGAAAUGGACGAAAGCGCCGCCACACCAUGCGAAGGGUAUGUCAUUCUCAUCUAUUUUGGAAGUUCAAGUUAGAGUUACGUUAUUAGAAGCAUGUGCAUGACAGCUACAGCUUGCUGUGUUGAACUACAAGUAGAAGAAGAUACUCUUCUUCUUGCAAAAGUACUUUUAAUUCCUUGUUUGUGGUUGUCAUGGCACGGGUACUUGUCGCGAGCGGGACGAGAUCUCGUUUUUUCCACUUUCUUGGAUUUCAGGCGUUGUUCCGCGAGGUCAUGUUGGCAUGAUGAGUCCACGGUCUCCUGCUGCGCGACGCGACGACACCGCAUUAGAGCAGGCGGCUUUCGCACAAAAAACAUCGACGCCAUUAGUUCGGUCACCUAAGGCGAAUAGAGCGAGUUCUCGACGUGGGGAGGCGCAGCAGGGAGGCAGCCCACCGCCGGCAAGCCUAGUCCUAGAGAUGGAAAAAACGCCGCCCAGAGACCAGCCGAAACCUCCGAAGAAGAACGACGACCCGCUGGGUUUACGAGAACAAGCAGUGGAACGCGCGAUGCGCGAGUACACAUACAACGAAGUCGCAGCAGCGAUGAGGAAGAACGAGCAAGGCCCCAGCGCCGGCGGACAUCCCGACGCAUACAGCGAGGCCAUGCAGCUUGCUGCUGCGCAACACAUGGCUAGGUUAGCAGUUGCGACCUCUCUAGCGGAUGGCAUGAACCUCAAUAGUCCACAUCCUUCGACAAAGCCGACGGACCCUCUGCCCAUGAGCACGCAAGAAGAAAUGAGGAUAAAGCAAGAUUUUCAUUUCCCACAGACGAAGCCCAGCAUGGACCGACCUCCAGGACGGCGCGUUCGCACGAAAUCCUCCUCCAACUCUGCCGUGGAGAGGGUUAGCCCAACGCGCAAUAAUGAAUUUGCCUUACCGGGACCUGCUGCGGAUCCAAACGCGGAGCGCAAAAAGGGCAUCAUCACGCUGAACAAUCCGUUCGACCUGCCGCCUGGCAGCAAGAGCGCCGCGAAGCAUGAGAAAACCGGCGGCGCAUCGAGUAGCAGUUAUCAUCCAGCUCACGGCAACAAGGAUCAUCAGAGCGGCCCUGUACCUAGGACACAUUACAAACACAAUGCGCCUGGUGGUAGUCACAACGCCGGCACUGAGCACAUCUCUCAGCAUCACGUGAGCGUCGAGGACGCGGAAGCCUACCAGCAACAACAGCUUGACCGUGUUAUGGUUCUGAAGAGAGAUCAACUCGGGGGUGGCAAUUCGCAGUCGUCUCCGCAAGAGCAACAGUCUUCACCGCCGUCUUUACGUACCCAUGAGGGUGCGCCGGACCGAUACCGGCCAAGCCGUGGCCUGCCUGCGGCUCCACCUGACGCAGUUCAGCAGCAGCAACAGGCAAAGUGGAUCAAGAUGGAGGAUCGGGUAAACCCGGAUGUGGGUGGCGGGCAGUCCCCAAUGCGCUCUCCGCGACGCACGAGCUUCAUGCCUUUGCGCUCGCAGGCAGAGCCGGCGCCGGAGAUAACUAUCCGGCUCGACAACCGCAGUCCACAACCAAAGAGGGCAGCGAAGCAACCACUACAGGGAGAUAUGCAACAGGUCCCUCCAUGGAAUCAGCAGCCAGACGACGAUAAAAAAACUUAGAUGGAAGUAGUAGAACAAGAAGUAAAAGUAGCGUCGAUCCACGACGAGAAAGUAGACGAACUAAUCUUGUUUGUUCAUCAUCCACGACAUAAAAACUUGCCUCAUUCACAUUCAACAAAUGAACUGCUUGAUGAACUUUUUUUGUUGGUUGCUGCUGCAGCAGCUUACGAUUUCGUGCUUUUCUGAAAAAGUGUGCUAAUAAACUCAAAUGGAACUACGGUCGAGACGUACAGGAUGACCCGAAGUUUAAGUGUUGCUGCAGAGCUGCUUUUGUUUCUCAGACGUUGUAAAUCAUGACACCAGGAUCAAUUUCAAUUUUGAAAUUCUAAAUCGCUACUACGUUUGUACUAAGAAAAUGCACCUCAAUCGUCGCUCGACGAACCUUCCAUGUCGACUACGUAGACGGCAAUAUUGAUAUUGGCCUGUGUUUAGUCAAAGUCAAUUUUACUACGACAAGAUUUUGUUGUGGAAUCUCAUAAUAAAUACUAAUACAAUAGAAGAGAUGCAGUUGCUGCUACGUAGUUGAGACAAGAUUAUAUCUUCGAAUGCUAAAGCUAAUUAGUACACGCAAGAGACGAGAGAGUCAUAGAUAUAAU